CUUCACUCCUCCCUCGCUUCUCCAUCUCCGCCUCCCUCCCUCCCUCCUCGCACCAAAAAUUCCUCUUUUUAUUUCACCUCACGCCAAUCCUUACCGUCCUUUGCCCCUCGCGUGCUCCCACAACCCAAUCCGGGCUGCCUCUUGGAUGGACUCGGGUCUCGACUAGCUAGGCCCUGCUCGGCGCGGAGGGGCGCGCUACACUCCUUCCUAGGGUUCUUGGCCCGGGGCUUCUCCAAUGGUGCUGCGGCGCUUCGCCUGGCCCUUCGGCGGUCAGCGCGCCUCCUUCUGUGGCAGCUUCACCGGCUGGAGGGAGUGCCCCAUGGGGCUCGUCGGGACUGAGUUCCAGGUGGUGUUUGAUCUCCCCCCAGGGCUUUAUCAGUACCGAUUUUUGGUGGAUGGUGUUUGGAGAUGUGAUGACACAAAACCUAUUGUACGUGAUGAAUAUGGCCUGAUCAGCAAUGAAAUGCUUGUCACACUUGUGGAGAAUAAUACACACCCGGUUGUACAGCGAGAGCCAUCUUCCAUUGGAAGAAUGAAUUUGGAUGAGGGUACUAUCUUGACAACAAUGCCACCAGAAUCGCCAUCUCGAAACUCGGGCAUGCAGAUUGCAGUUUUCCGCCAUCGAGUCUCUGAAAUACUAUUACAUAAUACCAUAUAUGAUGUUGUUCCUGUUUCUAGCAAGAUAGCAAUUUUGGAUGCGCGGCUUCCUGUCAAACAAGCAUUUAAUAUUAUGCAUGAUGAGGGCCUUGCUUUGGUUCCUCUUUGGGAUGAUGGCCAAGGAACCAUAACAGGCAUGCUAACUGCUUCUGAUUUUGUAUUAAUUUUGAGAAAGUUGCAGAUGAACAUUCGAGUUCUGGGCCAUGAAGAGCUUGAAAUGCACUCAGUUUCUGCUUGGAAAGAAGCAAAACUGCAGUAUUAUGGGGGGGCUGACGUCGCAGGCAUGCAAAGAAGGCCAUUGGUUCAUGUUAAGGAUUCAGAUAAUUUAAGGGAUGUGGCACUGACUAUAAUACAAAAUGAAAUAUCUUCAGUCCCUAUCUUUAAGUCCUCGACAGAUAUAUCAGGGAUACCGUUACUUAAUCUUGCAACUCUUCCAGGGAUUUUGAAAUUUCUUUGCUCAAAGCUCCAAGAACAACCAGAAGGUUAUCCCAUUUUGCGAAAUCAGAUUUCCAGUAUUCCUAUUGGUACAUGGUCGCAGCAUACUGGAAGGGCCAGUACUAGACAGCUUAGAACAUCGCGACUGAGUGCUCCUCUAAUUACUUGCCUGGAUUUUCUUCUGGAAGAUAGAAUAAGCUCAAUUCCUAUAGUUGAUGAUAAUGGAUCCCUUCUUGAUGUCUACUCACUCAGUGAUAUCAUGGCUCUGGCGAAGAAUGAUGUUUACACUUGCAUUAAACUUGAGCAAUUGACCGUGGAGAAUGCUUUGGAGCUGCAAUAUCAGGUGAAUGGGCGGAGACCGUGUCAUACCUGUUUGAGCACGAGUACGUUGCUUGAGGUGUUGGAUCAAUUGUCUGUUCCAGGGGUGCGGCGGCUUGUCGCUAUUGAACCGAUGACUAAAUCUGUGCAAGGAAUUAUCUCAUUGAGAGACGCAAUAACAUUUCUCCUUGGAUAACAUUUGUGUAGCCAUUUCAUACAUGAAAAGCCUGUUGUAUUUGAUUGGGACAGAAUAAAAAUGUUGUUUUGGCA